UUAUUUUUCCACUGAUUUCGGUGUAGUCUGUAUUAUACAACGUAAUAUAUAAGCAGCUAGCUUUAAAGCAUAACCGUCUAAGUCUUUGCGGGGCUGAAAGAAGAUACAUAUCGCUGUCAGUCUGAGCUACAAUAGAAACAUGACCAAUACCAUUUCAACAAUUCUGGCCAUUUCCGGAGUGGCGUGUUUCUUUAUUGGAUCAGUCACAGCUAUGCCCAUCUUUAAAUCUUCGUUGGAAACUCUAAUCUAUCGGGCCAGCACAAAUUUCAUCGCUGGGAAACCGCUGACUGAAGAAUUGUUAAAACGAAAUUUUUCCAACAUAGGGAAAGAAAUAAGAGACGAGUUCAUUCCGUGGGGCAAGCAAGAUCCCACACUUCACGAAGGUGACAUUAAGCUUCAUGGGGACAAAAAUGCUAUCUUGGACACCAGCUACCGUUGGCCCAAAGCACAAAUUCCUUAUGAAAUCUCAGCUGAAUACACAAGCGAACAGCGUGCAACAAUCGCCUUUGCUAUGAGCGACUACCACGACAAUACGUGCAUCCGUUUCGUUCCUCGAACCUGCGAAAAGAAUUAUUUAACCCUUUUCAAAUCUGGAGGAGGUUGCUGGAGUUUCGUUGGCUUGCUUGACCAAGGAGCUCAAAAAGUAAGUCUCGAUGAUGGAUGUGUCAAGGAUUGGGCGCCAGGAGUAGUCACGCACGAACUAAUGCACGCCCUUGGAUUCUUCCACGAGCACACACGCCCAGAUCGUGACACCUACGUGAAGAUUAAUUUUGACAACAUUGAUCCAGAUCAAGCCCACAACUUCAACAAAAAAUCAGAAUCGGACGUGACAACUCUUGGACUUGUUUACGACUAUGGCUCUGUCAUGCAUUAUGACCAAUAUGGUUUUGCUAUCGACAACAAUAUUCCUACCAUGAUUCCACUUAUUGGGAACCCAACAUUGGGAAACUAUAAAGGAUUGACUUCGCUGGACAUCCAAAAAUUGAACGCACUAUAUUGCUCCGCAGCCAAUUAAACACUUGAAAGGGCGCGCGUGAGAAUAAUUUACAUCGGUCUGUUUCACAUACGAGUACCGCUUUUCUUUUUACAAUUCCCUCUAGCAGUUAUGAUAUUUCUAUGGUGAUCUAAAGGCCAGUUCUCUCCACAGCUAAAAUAACAGCCUUUAAAAGCACAUCUUUAAUACGAAGUCGUUUUUUUUUGUUUGCCUGGUGAUUGAUUGUCUCACAUUGUUUCAAUAAAGUUUGUUCAGCAUGAAAA